CCGCCGCAUACCAUGUCGUCUGAGGAUUCCCAACAGAACGGUCCAAACCCUGUGUCGGGAGACAAGGGCCCCGGCACCGGCCUCCUGGACCUGCUCCCCAUCCCCGCCGACACCCAGCCGGUGACGGACCCAGAACGUACAGAGACCUCCAACUCGCUCCACCAAGAUACCACUCUUUCUCACGCCCUGGCCACAGAUGACCACCAGGAAAAAGGCCUGCUCCAAAAGGACCACCAGCAGACCGAGGUUGCCGAUCUGGGAUGGAACGAGAAGAAGCAGAACAUCGCCGAGCCCCUGAUGGGAGGCAUGUCGAACGAGGAGCUCUGGAUACUCGUUCGGCGCUUCAACAAGCAAAUGUACCACGUCAAAGCGGUGCCGUACGCGGUCCCAGGAAACUUGGACCUGAAUGUGGCCGACGAGGAAGAGUUUUCGCCUGACAAGCUGCGCGCCAAUCUCGAACGGCUCUACACUACCGUCAUCGUCGGGGUGUUGGCUGCCGUCAAGCAUGUCGCCCGCCUUCGAUCUUGGCGUGAAACUAGGCGAACUACGAGCUUCUGCGCCGCCUACUUUUUUGCCUGGGCAUUCGACUUCCUCGUCCCUCUGUUGACGACAACCGUUCUUGUUCUGGUCGUUUACGAGCCAUCCCGAGCCAUCCUCUUUCCUCCUGCCCCCAUGGCCCUGGUCAGCACCCGGUCUGGCGGGGUGCAGAAACCCAAGUCCGGGAUUUUGGGCAGUCACGACAGUGCCACUGGUGCCCCGGAGAACCACAAAGGCGAGGCCGUAGAGCAGGAGGCUAGCAACUUCGUCAACGGAAUCGCGUCAGUGGCUCUGAGCAGCGCUGUGGGAAAGCACCCGCAAGACGAGCCUGCGUCCGAGGAAGGCAACCUCGUGGACGACGCCGGCCCAGAUCCCACGGCCGUUGCAGUUGGCGCUGCGGAUGCCAAGGAAAAGGCGUCUGGCAAUAAACCGCAUGGGGACAAGGACAAGACCAAGGUGCCCAUGGAAACGGCCAUGUGGACAAAGAUGCGGCCCAUCAUGCAUGGCAUCGCUGAUGUCGCCGACACUUGGGAACGGUUUGCCAACGCGCUAUCACCGACACCUCCGUUCCCUCAAGAGACCUACCGGCUCCGAAUCGCGACGCUGGUCCUCCCCCUCGUAGUGACGUCGCUCGUGGUGUCGUCCUACGCCUUCACCAAGGCCGUCAUGGCAGGCGUCGGCUUCACCUUCUUCGGCGACCCCAUCAUCACGCGCGGCCUCGACUGGCUGAACCGCAAGGUCCCCAACUGGCAGCAGCUGAUCGAGGUGCGCAACACGGCGCUCAAGGGCGUGCCGACCAACGCGCAGCUCACCCUCACGCUGCUGCGCAUCGGCGAGGCCAACCGCGCGCCUAUCCCGCCGCCGCCGCGCGUGUCGGAGGCGCCCCCGGACGAGCCGGCCGCCGUGACGGACUCGCAGCUGCGCGCCACGGGCGCCGAGCCGCCCCUCAACGCGACCGACGCCGAGCUCGACGCGGCCAUGCGCCACGACCCGCACACCAAGCACGAGACGGGCGGGGCCGACAUCGACGCGGCGCGGGACCCCAAGCACGGCAAAAAGAGCAGCCGCAUCCUCGGCUUCUUCAAGGGCACCUCCAAGGGCGGCGUCAAGACGGCCAUCGGGACCGACACGGUGCGCGCAAAGGUGCUGGGGUCCCGGCACGCAAAGGAGCGCCUGGGCGUCGUGCCGCCCAAGAGGGCCGAGGCCGACGUGACGUCGGGCCCCGUCGAGUUCAAGGCGCGCCACGGCGGCAGGAAGGGGCACGUCUACCUCGGCACCGCGGCCACGCCCGCCGUCGUGGCCUUCAGCACCGAGACGCACAACAGCCUAGCCACCGAGGUGACGGGCGGCGGUGGCGUCAAGGGAAACCACGAGGAGCAGCAGCAGCAGGGCGGCGACGACAAGGGCAUGGUCCACGCCAUGUGGAGCGUGGCCGUCUCCGACAUCGUGGAGCUCAAGAAGUUUGGCGGGUACGGGUGGAAGGCCAAGCUCCUCGUCGGCUGGUCGCUGGAGCGCAAGGUCGAGGACGGGCUCGAGAUCAAGACGACGGACGGCAAGAGCUACCGCAUCACGGCGUGCCCGCUGAGGGACGAGCUGUUCAACCGCUUGAUUUCCAUGGGUGGACAGAAGUGGGAGGCUUGGGACGGACGGACAUUAGCGAUGUGGGGUGGCGGUUCGCAGGGUCUCAGCGACCGCUAUGACAUGGGCAGCGGUUGA